UUAUUAUUUUCAUUUUACAAAUGAGGAAACUAAAGCUUGGUCAGAUGAGCAGAACUGAUUAGUGGAGGAUCACCCACUAAAUUGACAAUACAGUCUGGGCCAGAACACAGUCUCUUGGUUUUUAAGUUCAUCAGGCAUAAUCUCUUCCUGAAUUUAGGGUUCUCAAAUCAAAUCAAAAGAAGACCUUUUUAAGGGAAGAUUCUAGAUAUCAAAAUGCAAAUUCCCCUCCAACUCCCAACCUAUUUCAGAAUUACAGACCUGCAAUGUUUAUCUUAUCUGCUUCUCCCAUGUUUUUCUUUUUUUCUCUUAGAGAAAAUCCAAGAUCACUGCUUCCCGCAAACUCAUGCUCAAGAGCCUGAUGCUGGCCAAAGCCAAGGAGUGCUGGGAACAAGAGCAUGAGGAGAGGGAAGCUGAGAAGGCCAGAUACCUGGCGGAAAGGAUUCCUACACUCCAAACCCGAGGCCUGUCACUCAGUGCCCUGCAGGACUUGUGCAGAGAGCUACAUGCUAAGGUAGAGGUUGUGGAUGAGGAAAGGUAUGACAUUGAAGCCAAAUGCAACCAUAACACCAGGGAGAUCAAGGACUUGAAGCUGAAAGUGCUUGAUCUUCGGGGAAAGUUUAAACGUCCACCUCUGCGAAGGGUCCGUGUCUCUGCCGAUGCCAUGCUCAGAGCACUGUUGGGCUCAAAGCACAAGGUGUCCAUGGACCUGCGGGCCAACCUCAAGUCUGUGAAGAAGGAGGACACAGAGAAGGAGCGACCAGUGGAAGUGGGAGACUGGAGGAAGAACGUGGAGGCCAUGUCUGGCAUGGAGGGCCGGAAGAAGAUGUUUGAUGCAGCCAAGUCUCCAACCUCCCAGUGAAAGGUUGCUUUCACAGGCUUUGUAGGAUCUCCUUGUCACCUAUAACAUUUCAUCUCAUCCUCUGCUCUGUUCACCUUCCACAUCCUUUCCAACCCAUCCAAUUCCCCAUGGUUUAUGCUCGGAUCUGUAACCUGAAUCGGUGAUGGGGGACUUCAGCCUUAUCACAGUCCUAACACUCUCAAUUCUUCAACAUAGUCAGAUCUUAUCACAGCCCUGCUCCAGAACUGGGAACUCAAUAAAUACCAAAGGGAGGAAAAUGGAAAUAUCCCAGGAAUAAGGAAACAAAAACCAUUAGUCCAGACCAUACUCAACUAAGUGGAUCUCCUUAGCUCAUUUUUAGGCACUGAGGCACCCUGAGUUAUUUUCCCCUCACUCUUUUCUGUUCUCAGGCCCGAGAGCACUCACCUUGCCACUAAAAGUUGAUCUGGAUCCUCCAGCCCUCUUCCACAAUCUUCCCCUUUCCCUUCUUUUAUGUAUAUGAGGUGUAGUCUGAGUGAGUUGUGUGCUUGUCCAUUAAAUGUUGAAAUUUCCUGGUCAUUUUGAGGACUCUAAUGAUUUAUAUGGGAAGGGGUAGAAGGGAAGACAUUUGGUGGGGUUGUGGGGGUAAGGCUAUUUCUCCCCAUCUUCCUCCCAGGAGUGAAGGAGCUUAUAAUUUAUGACCUAGAGGAAAAUCUUCACUUUUCUGAGACGAAAUUAAAACAGUAAUAGCUUCUGAGAUCAUCUCUCAGUAUCACUGCCACGAUCAUAUUAUAUUUUCUAGGAAUUAAAACUGAAAAAUUCAUUGAUUUUGCUGAGGGCUUUUCAGUUAAGAUGGAGUUAUGGUACAGUGACUUGGGAACUGGGAUGGGAGAAGGCUUUUUGACAUUUCUAACUCCCCAGCAACUUACACUGUCAGUUUCCCCAGAUAAGCUUUCCCAUAGAAUUUGCAAGGCUAGAUAAGAAACAGAUUUGAGUUAAGAGUCAUGGGUUCUAGUCUCACCUCUGCUUCGAGGUAGCCAUGCAACUUCAGGAAGCUUCGGUUUCCUUAUCUGUGUAAGGAGAAUAGUAAUACCAUAAAUGCCAUAUCUGGAGUACAGGGUUCAGUUCUGUAUGCCACAUUUUGGGGAGAACAUUGUUAAACAGAGGAUGAUAGUCAUGGUGGUGGGGGGCCACAUUUGAAGGGUUGGCUUUCUUGUAGAUCAUUCACAAGAUUAGAUUUGUUCCACCUGGCCCAAGACCACAGAAUUAGAAACAAUGGGUGGCACACUGGCAGAGGCAAUUUUGGUGAAAUGUGACUGAAAAUCACAAAGCAUUUAAAAUUAUCCAGAAGUGGAAAGGGAGAGAUCUUCACAGGAAGGACCUCUUGUUAAGGGUGUUGUUGAGGGGAUGAUGGUUCAGGCAUGGACUGGAUUAGGUGACCUCAUAGGUCUUUUGAACCCAGUAUUUCUGUGAUUAUCUACCCUCACCCAUUUCCCCAUUUUAUAAACAAGAAAGUUGAGAGUCAGAGAGAUUGAUUGACUGACUUGUAUGUUUACAAAUCACUUGACCCACUAUAAUCUUAUGUGGUAGGAUGACUAUUAUCAACUUUAUUUUGUGGAUAAGGACUAAGAAUGGUGUGGUGAAUUGCCUAAGGUUGCAAACAAUUAAAUAUCCAAGGGGACUUUGGCAUUCCCUUGGAUAUUAGGAGUCUGGGCUCCUGACUUGAAGAUCAGUCUUCUCUGUACUACUGCACCAUACUU